AUGGUCACCGUGUACCGGAUCCGGGCCGCACCUUGCCGCCCCUUCCUCUUUUCCUCCUCCACAGUCCUCGCGCACACAGGGACGAAGAGUGCUGCUGGGGAUUCGGCAAAGUCUUCCGAGAACGACCAUGGCGUCUCGGUUGGACUGCCGAGAGAGAAACAUGACACGAAGGCGGCAUGGCUUUGGGACAACACAUCUUUCAAUCUUGAACUUAAUCGAAAAGAAGUUGAGGUUGUGGUGGUGCAAAUACUUCGACAAGGGUCCCGCAAGAAAUCCUUGCUUACAGCACGAGGAUGGAAGCACAAAACCAAACAAGAGACAUCUUCUUUUUGUUGUUACAGUCGUGUCGGAUCCGGGGGGUUGAGUGUUUGGGCUUAUGCACCCAUCACGUCCGACAUUAUGCCGUUCGAGGCCGGGGAUCCAGGGGCAUCUUCUAAGUUCAGGAUGGGCACUCUCUGGAAGAACCUAAUGUCCAAGGAAGGGAGGGGGCAAACACUUCGAUCAAAGGUCAAAUAUCGACACUACGGUCCAACACAAGGAAAACAUCGGCUCGGAAAGGCCGCGAGGACCGGUGCCAUGGGUGCCGCCCUCGUGCCUGUGCUGCAGAGAGUUCCACGUAUGGGAGAUGAACCGCGACACAUCCUCAUCAAAAACAACGACACGGACAGAUCUCCGCCCUUUGCCCUGUGA